AUGAGAAUGGUGAAGAAGAGUGAUAAAAAGUUGAGAAAGCCAUGCCGAAGUGUCGGAGGAGAAAGUGGUCCCCACAUGGACACGUCAGAGUAA